AGCGAUAAGUUUAAUUAUAAAAAACUUAAACUUUUCGAAAUUAUUAAAAAAGUUUUAUUAGUUAAUUUUAAAUUAAAACUUUUCAAUACGAUACGAUACUAUUUAUUUUUUUAUAUUUUAUUUUUUAAGCCGGUAUUUAAGAGCUUAUAUAUAAAAGACUAUAUUAUCGUUAAAUUUAACGAAUGA